UUGUUGAUGUCAAUAAUUACUUACACAAUGCUCAUGGGUGCUGAAGCCUAUAAAAUCAGUCGCACCCAAGCGCCAGCAGAGGGCAGCAAAACUCCAUAAAACACAACAAGUGAGCGUUUCACUGUACUGUCAUUUAAAUCUGUCUGAGCGGGGCAUGUGCGUUAAUUGUGUCAAAUAUUUUAACGUGAUUAAUUUUAAAAAUUAAUUACAGCCCGUUAACGCGAUAAUUUUGACAGCCCUAGUAAAUAUAUGAAAAAGAAAAUCUCGACCACUCCUUGAUGUCCGCGAUUUCUGCAUCACGACCCUUGUUAUAUUGCCAUGUUUCACCCAUAAAAUCCCCCCAAAAUCCAGCUGUGGCCAUUGACAGCUGAGUCUUGACACUCAGUGAGACAUGCUAGAUUGAGUUUUUUCAUCGAAACGAGGUAAGUACGCGAUAAUAUCUCUUUAAAGUCACGGUGUCUUUAAUUCUGCUCUCGCGUGCUCACACCUCCAGAUAGGGUUUUUCUGUUUAAUUUUUUAUUUUAUUUUUUUAAAUGCCCUCUUGUUCAAAAUGUUUUCACCCUCCAGAAAAUUGAGAUUUUAAGCUUUCCAAUAAUGUAUAUCACAUGCAUAUCUGACCAUUUUGAAAGUUGGCCAAAUUGGGGGUCUCAGAGCGGAACUUCAAGUCACCUGAGUGUUUUCCGCCAUAUGUAGCGAGCUGUCAAACCACGCGGCAAAAUCUAAAGCACUCCUUGAAGCAAUCACGUGGUAUAGCUGGGCAGCCAGGCUUCGGACGUCAUCAUAUUCAGAACCUCCUCAAAAUGAAGUGAGCCUGUGCACACACUUCGCGGAAACGUCCCUUCAUUAAUCGACACACCCUUCGAAAGUGGUCAUACCAGUUGAACCAAAUAUCUUCCGACUUGUACAGUACCUGAAUUCAUUUUCUGCCACUUCAGUCAUCAUAUGUUGAAGUCACCAACAGGACCUUCGGCGAACGGAGCAUUAGCCAAAACGAACAACUGCAGUUCGACAUUGCGAACUUGUGCGCUGAGACAAACGCCGUCUUCUCAAAAACCAUGGCUGAAAGUAUGGAGGGUCAUCUUCAAUGUCCCACCUGUCUGGACAUCUUCAAAGAUCCUGUCAUGCUGCCGUGCAGUCACAAUUUCUGCCGUGCGUGUCUGCAGAAGUGGCAGGACACAGGACAACGAACGUGUCCACUCUGUUGGACAGAGUUUAGUUCGAUGGCUAUCCCUCCGAACCUGGCACUGAAGAAUCUGUGUGAAAACUUUUCUCGAGCCUCAAUCAAGUCAGAGGACAUAUGCAGCAUGCACCAAGAGAAACUCAAACUCUUCUGUUUGGACCACCGGGAGUUUGUGUGCAUCAUCUGCAGAGACUCAGAAAUCCACGUUGGCCACACGUUCCGGCCCCUCAAAGAAAUUGUGAAAGGUCAUCAUGAGGAACUCAAGGAAGGCCUGCCGAAGGCCAUUGAAAGGCUCCAAAUUUACAACGACUGUCGAAAGAACUGCAACGAACAGGCAGAGUACAUCAAAGUCCAGAGGGAGAAUGUCGAACGCAAGAUUAAGAAGGAUUUUGAGGAGCUCCGGCGCUUUCUUCACGUCGAGGAGGAGGCCAGGUUGGCUGCGGUCAGGGAGGAAGAGCAAAAGAAGAGUGAGAUCAUGAAGGAGAAGAUUGUGUUUCUUGGCAAACAAAUGGCCGCUCUCUCGGAUGUCAUCAGAAGCACUGAGGAGCAGCUGGCGUCUGGCAAUGUUUCGUUCAUGAAAAACUUCAAGACUGUGAUGAGCAGAAUCCAGGAGCUGCCUGAAAAGCCGCAGCUGCUCCGAGGUGGUCUGCUAGACCAAGCCAAACAUGUGGGCAACCUCAAGUUCAAGGUGUGGGAGCGGAUGAAGGAGACACUCACCUGCAGUCCCGUCAUUCUGGACCCCAACACGGCCCAUCCAAAACUCCGUCUGUCUGAAGAUCUGACCAGUCUGAGUUGGGAAGAAGAACAGCAGCAGCGUCCAAAGAAUCCACAGAGGUUCGAGAAGGAGGAAUCUGUGCUGGGUGGUGCUUUGGAAUCGGAAAGACACGUGUGGGAUGUUGAGGUGGGAGACAACAAUGACUGGGCAGUGGGGGUCAUAGAUGGGGACCCUUGUUCGCCAGAUCGAAUGACUGGUUGGUACAUUGAAUUUGAGGAUGGUAAAUACAGGAUUCCCAGUUGCAGAUAUGCAGAAUGGAAUCCGCCUGUCAAAGUGCAGAGGAUCCGAGUUGAGGUGGACAUGAAAGAAAGGAUGGCAUCCUUCUCUGAACCUCUUACGAACACCGAAUUGUGGAACACUAAGAAGCCUUCCAAUUGGCCAGACUUGUCCGGUAACACCAAAAUGUAUCCAUACUUUUACACAACACAUAAAAGUCCACUAAAAAUAAUCCCCAUUCCACCUGGUGUUACGACUGCCGUCAGUUAGCGGUCAUGUUGACACGGCGUGAGUAAUAUUAUUUGAAAGUAAUUCUACUCUUACUUGAGUACAAUGUUUGGCUUUUCAUUUCAGUUUUAAAAAUCAAUCAAACGCAGGUGACUGAGUACUUGAGUGUUCUUUUCAUCAAAUACAUUUUUGUUUUCCAUUAAUGACUUUGACUUGUGAUUGAGUAAUCUUGUUCUAAAGUAAGUCUACUCUUACUCGCGUACCAUUUUUGGCAACUCUACUUAUGACAUUUUCAAAAUAAAUGAUUAGAAACACUUACUAAUUACUUGAGUAUUCGUUUCACCAAAUACUUUUUGACUUUCACACUACUCGAGUUAUCAUAAGUUGAGUUAUCAUAUGAUGACAUAACGCUACUCUUACUUGAGUAAAGUACAGGUAGUCCCAGGGUUACGACGUAACCUUAGUUGGAAGCUACGACGAAGCAUCAAUGUAAAGCCAUCUAUUGAUCAUAAUUAGAGCUGUCUCGACUAGUCAACGAGCACAACAUCCCGACGACGGUUAAUGAAGGUUUUAAAAAAAUGUGCGUGGAACGUUUAGAAUGGCGGACGCUCGGUAUGCAAGCGGGGAAAGUGGCACAAUGCCAAAAAAGCACACCAGAGUGGCCAAAGCCUGGACUUAUUUCAACUAACAAUGGCGGGUACACUGUUGUCUCUACCAGUACAAUGCCAACUUGGCUGCAAGUGGGCUUUAAAGAGCAUAUGACACGAGAAAAAAAGUCUUAAAUGGCAUUAUUAUGUGAAUUAGAAUCAUAUUUUGAGACGAUUCGACUAUACUGUAUACAACAAUUUAGCAAAGUACAGAUGACGAGAAAUUAGUCUUUUAAUCUGCCGGUUAGCCACGCCUACCAUUAUAGGGCUUUAGCGUCCCCAACAGGAGGAUGACGUCAGCGGUAGACAGGGCUCAUCGGUUUUACUAUUCAGCCCAUUGAGGGGGAAUUAUUCAGAACGAGGAAAACGCGACGAAGACAGCCGCAAAAUCUCAUUGUUUCAGUCUCUCUUCUCCAAUAUUUUUACAGGAUAUUCUUUUUAUCCAAGUAUUUUUCCCCAAUAGCUAUAUAAAUAAAUGGCUUGAGAAGGACCAGUCAGCCCGUCCUGGGGGAACUAUUCACAACGAGGAAAACGCGACGAAGAAAGCAGCAAAAUGUCAUUGUUUCUGUCUCUUUACUUCAAUAUUUUUACAGGAUAUUCUUUUUAUCCAAGUAUUUUCCCCAGUUGCUAAAUAAAUGGCAUGGUCAUGACAAAUAACAGUCUUGUGCUGAAUGGAAUAUGAAAUAAUAAAAAUCCAUUUAUUCAAGACGACAUGGCAAAGUUACUCCAUAAAUGGUCAAAACUGUCGACUUCACCUUUACUGUCGCACCUCCCGAACGAUAUUUUAUGACACCUAAAUCUGACAUACUGUAUGUCAUUUCCCUUCCCCGGCUUCGGAGAAUGUAAACAAACCAGAAGGCGUGACAGCUAGCCGACAUGCUAACCCGAACCGAGUGAUGUUUCAAAGUCUUCGAAGCGGAAAAUCACACAUAACUAUCCUGGAUUA